AUGCCUAUCAGGAAGGGUGAUGAGGUGCAAAUUGUUCGCGGAGAACGCAAAGAAGCAAACUCGGCGAAAGUUAUUAAAGUGUAUAGAAAAAAGUUCGUUAUCCACGUCGAACGCGUACAGUGCCGUAAGAGUAAUGGCGCUUAUGUUCCUAUUGGCAUCCACCCCUCAAACGUCGUAAUUUGCAAAUUGAAGUUGGGGAAGGACCGAAAGGACCUUUUGGAAAGGAAAGCUGCAGCCAAACUCGCCGGCCAGGACAAGAACAAGUACACCGAAGAGGUUCUGGAUGCGUAA